AUGUGCAGUUACAAUCGUCUAAAUCAGACAUAUGGGCGCGAGAACAGCAAGACCCUUAACGGUAUUCUCAAAGGCGAGCUUGGCUUCCAGGGCUACGUGAUGUCCGACUGGGGUGCCACCCACACCGGAGCCAAGGCCAUAAACUCAGGAGAGGAUAUGGAUACGCCAGGAACCGCAAGUUAG